AUGGGAAAGAAACGAGUGCAUGAGGAAGCAGAACUGGAACAGCGACCCCGGAAGAAAAUAAAAGUUGAAAUUCCCAGUGAUGUGAAUGAAGAAAUCGAAAAUACAACGCAGGAUGAAAAGCCCAUUAGAAAGAAACAUAAGAAAGAGAAACGGAAACAUGGGCGAAUGAAAGAAGAAAUUGAAGAGGAAGAGAUCGAUGAAAAGUUGAAUGACACUUCUCCAGCAGUAAAGAAAGAGUACAGAAAGAAAGCAAGGGGAAUGAAUCUGUCUCGGACGAGAGAAAUACUGGAUUUCGAAGAAGCAAAACGCUUAAUACUUACCAAUAAGAAGUGUGGUUUGAGGGCGCUACGAGAGAAACGACAUGUCACCUUGCCAUAUCAUCUCAUUGGAGGAAAUGUUCUCAAGUCGUGCGAAUUCAUAGCGAAAAUGACUGUUGGAAAGUAUCGUAAGAAAGUUGGUGGAGUGGUUCUCUCAAUCGGUUCAGUGCGAGUUGCAUCACUACCACGAGUAAUCGAUGACCAAAAUGUGUUUCACGUUGAUAUGCUUGUAACACAAGUUGUUUUUAGGCCUGUUGCUGGACAGAAAUACGAAGCACGAGUCACUCAUAUUGGUGAUAAUUUCUUAUCUGCUCUUAUUCUUGAAGCGAUCUCUAUAAGCAUGCCGAUAGAUGACAGGUUACAUGAAAGGCUAAAAGGCAUUACACUCGAAAUUGAUGACAUCAUCGAGGUUAAGCACAACAGAAUCGCCAUUAAACGUGGUAUUUGUCAGCUCGAAGGAAAAUUCGUACGGAUUCUAAGAAAAGGGACCCCCAAGAUAGAACUUAGUGAUGAGUCUGUUCUACCCAAAGCUAAAAUAGUGAAUGUGAAGACGACGUUUACUGAUUCGGAUGAUGAAGCGUGA